GUAGAAUUAUGUAUAAGUGAGACAUUUCAAGUUGUGAGAAGUCAGUUGUCGAUGGAUUAGUUGACUCAAUACAUUCGCUCCUUUGUUUAAAAACAUAUCUAUACACAUUAUAUGUAUAUAUAUCUGUGUAUAUAUAUAUGUAUGCAUGUCUUUCUACCUCUGUUCCAUUCAUAACAGUUCAUUAAUUGUUACAUUAUCGUCUCAAGUUUAAGCAAAAGCAAACAAAUAACCUUACCGAUGGCGUUAAGGGCUUCGCGAAUGGCUCGCUUGCACUGUUCAGCUCACCCGGAUUCUCCUCUGAUCGAGGACUAUCAUGCCGGAGAUAUGAUAUGUUCCGAGUGUGGUCUGGUCGUCGGUGACCGAGUCAUCGAUGUCGGUUCCGAAUGGCGUACCUUCAACAACGACAAGAACACCAAAGAUGCGUCGCGUGUCGGUGCCGCCGAAAACCCUUUGCUGGACGGCGGGGACCUGUCUACAAUGAUAGCCACUUCCUCGGGCGAUACACUACUGGACGACAACGGCAAACCCAUGUACCACAGUCGAAGGAACCUCAGCGUAUCUGACCGAACCCUGUUAACAGCUUUCCGUGAAAUCAGCCAAAUGUCCGAACGGCUCAAUCUACCCACGAUGAUUGCCGAUCAAGCCAAUACUUUGUUUAAACAGGUCCACGAGAGCAAAUCCUUGAAAGGAAGGGCAAACGAUGCGAUCGCUUCAGCGUGUAUGUACAUCGCCUGUCGACAAGAAGGGGUUCCGAGGACUUUCAAAGAAAUCUGCGCCGUUUCGAAAGUAUCCAAGAAGGAAAUCGGACGAACGUUCAAGUUGAUUCUAAAGACACUAGAGACCAAUGUUGACUUAAUUACCACCGGGGACUUCAUGUCUCGGUUCUGUUCCAGUCUAAGCAUGACAAACCAUGUACAGAAAGCCGCUACUCACAUCGCCAAAACUGCUGUUGAUUUGGACCUGGUGCCGGGGAAAAGCCCCGUCACUGUUGCAGCUGCCGCAAUAUAUAUGGCAUCUCAGGCCUCCGAAAACAAGAAAACCCAGCGAGAAAUUAGUGUGGUGACGGGUGUGGCAGAGGUAACUAUACGGCAGUCUUAUAAACUGAUGUAUCCCAGAGCACGAGAUCUAUUCCCUUCGGAAUUUAAGUUCGCUACCCCUAUAGACUUGUUACCCACCCAGUAAAACUCUGAAAACUUUAUGGCAGGACUUGGUAAAACAAAAAAAAACAACUUUUUUUUUUUAAAAGAAAAGAUCUUUAUUUUGAUGUAGAAUUUUGGUUUGCUAACAACAGUGAGAGAGAUUUCUGUUUUUUUUUUUUUUAAAUUUAAUUUUAUUAAUAAUGAUGUGGUACAUUUAUAUAUAACGGGGCUCGAAAAUAACACCGAACUACUUUGUUGGGUUUCGAACCUCGCUCUCUUCCCAGUUUUCUGUCUUGCAUUUUUUUUUCUUUUUGUAUUUUGUUGAUGUUGUAUAACAGAUAUAUUAUUGAAUGAAAGAUUUUAUUUUUAAGUGAUGAACAAUGUGGUACUGUGUAUGUAUGUAUAUAUAUAUAUAUAUAUAUAUAUAUAUAUAUAUAUAUUAUGUGUGUGUGUUUAUAGCUCCCUUGAGCCUUAUUUUAAAAUUACAAGUUCCUGUUCCUCCUCAUCUUUGUUUUAAAUGCCAAAAUAUUCAUAGGUGAGUGGUCGACCUGGAAGUCUACAAACAAACAUGUACCUUGUAAACACUGUCAAUUUACAUGUUGGGUGUGUGAAUUUUCCCCGUUCGUGUGGAGGGUGCAGUCUGUGCGAGAACAAUGUUAUUUCAAACCAAAAUAAUACAUUCAAAGUCCGAUGAAAACAAAAAUGACGUGUGUUAAUGAGGGAUGGUCGUUAUUACACCGCUUAUAUCGAACCUCUUCUUGCCGCCACCUCUCUUCCUUUCCCUGACAACAAAUGUUUAUAUUGAUGAUGCAAGCACCUUUAAACUGUAGAACGAUUUAGUUUCGACUACUGACAAUUUUAGAACUUAUUAAACCACUUAACAGAGACCAGUGGGAGCAAGCUUUCGGUGAAAGAAUAUAAAAAGCGAAAAUAUUUCUUCUGCAAAUUACGCAAAAAAAAUAAUAAUCUUUAAAUUUUCUCUUCAGCUGAAUCGUUCAAGUAUUUUCCUUGUGUGUAUAUGUAAAUAUAUGUGCUCUUGUACAUGAAUCUAUAUUUACAUGUGUAUACACAUACAUACACAAAAAGUACUUAAACAUUAGCGAUUCAAAGAAGUGAAAGUAUUUGCCGAACGAAUUGCUUUCUGCGAAAGAUUGCCUGUAACCUAUGUAUGUAUAAUGUUGCCAGACAAUUGAAAAGAAGCAAAGAACUGCGUAUAUUCCUUCAUCUGGUUGUUUUUGUUUUUCUCACCAUUUCAUUGUUUUCGAGAGGGUGGCGCUUUGGCAGAAUCGUUAGAGUAUCGGGCAAAUAUUACUUCGAGUUCUUCACGUUCUGAGAUCAAACCCCACUGGUGUCAACGUUGCCUUUCAUCCCUCUGAUAUCGAUCGAUCAAUCGGAGUAUCAGUCAAGUACUGGGAUCGAUGAAAUCAGCUUAAACCUUCCUCUUAUAAAAUUGCUGGCUCUGAGUUCAAAUCCCGUUCAGAUCAACUUCACCUUUCACCCAUUUAGGCUUCAUAAAAUAAAGUAUCAGGGUCGAUGGUAUCGACUGAGACCUUCUAAAGCUGCUGUUUUGUGCUUAAUCAGAAACCAUUAUAAGGCAGCAGCAAACUGGCAGAAUUCUAAGAUCUUUAAAUCAGCUAGUCCCCUGUCCCAAAAUUUCCGGCCUUGUGCCUAUAGUAGAAAGGAUUAUUAUUAUUAAGGCAGCGAUCUGGCAGAAUUGUUAGCAUGCCAGGCAAAACGCUUAGCAGCAUUUCAUCUGUCUCUGUUCCAGGUUCAAAUUCCACCCUUACUUUUUAUCAUUUUUGUGGUCGAUAAAAUAAGUAGCAGUUGAACACUGGGGUCGAUGCAGUUAACUCAUCCCUUUCCCUUACAAUUGUUGGCCUUGAGCCAGAAUUUGAAACUGUUAUUAUCAUUGGGUGAGCUGGAAGAAUCUUAGCAUGCUGGGCAAAAUGCUUAGGGCCAUUUUAUUUGGGCUCAAAUUGUGCUGAGAUCAUACUUGCUUUCCGUCCUUUCAGGGUCAACAGAAUAAGUACGUGUCAAAUACUGGGAGUCAAUGUAGCCAGCUUCCCCCUUCCCUCAAAAUUUUUAGCCAUGUACCAAAAUCAAAACUAAUUAUUUUUCAUUAUAAAGGUAACUGUUAUUGGGUCUUUGCAUUAGUUGAACAACAAAGCGUAUCUGUUUAUAUUGGAAGUUUAAGUUUGAACCUCUUCUGCAGUGUCACUGAAAUCUAGACUGGAUGUAGAUUCAAACCAGAUUUCUGUAGAAAUACACUGCUUUCAUUUUAAUUAAUUUUGAAAAAUAAUCUAGAAUUUAGUAAAAUAAUUUUGUCGUUAUUAAGUUGGUUUUUGAAAUGUAAAUAAACGUGAAAUGCAGGUGGCAAGUUAUAGUUUAGAGCAGUGCUUUUCAGACUUUUUGCUGGAGCGGAACCCCAAGGAAACAUUCCACUGGCUCGAGGAACCUCUGUGCAAUAAUUUAAUAGUCUUAUGCACACAUAUCUGCACAGGAGAAUUAAAAAUUACUGCCGAUUUUAGCAGUUUUGUAACUUCUUGCGGAACCCUGGUUGAAAACCACUGGUUUAGAGACUUGAAACCAAGGGUAGUUUUGGGUGGGUUGAUAUGAAAAGGGUUAACAGAUGAUCUGCUUAUCCCUUCUUACAUAAUUUUCUAUCAAAGUUGCUGACUUCAACUGCUUUGAGGACUAUAGAAUCUGUUACUAUUAAAUUCUUCACUCAGACCAGAAAAAUCCACUAAAAAAGUGCAAAAAUUCUUUUAGGAUAUUUCUGUUGAAUUACACUAUUUUCAGUUAAUUUUGAAAAUAAUGUAUUUAAUAAAUUAACUUUUGUCAUUAUAAAGCUGGUAUUUAGAAUAUGAAUUAACCUGGAAUUUUGGUAGGUUUUGUUUUACAUUACUUUAAUCCUUUAGCAUUUAAAACAUCCAAAAUAUUCUGUUUUAUAUUCCCACUGGCCAAAUCUGGUUCCCUCACACCUACUAUACAAUAUCAUUCUAAAAAUAAACUACUACAUCAUCAAAUUCUUGAAGCUACAAGGUAUUUCAUAAUUAAUUCAAAGCAACGUAAAUAAAUAAGAUUGCAUUUAACAGAAGAAUCUGAAUGCUAAGGGGUCAAAACAGAUCUCAACUGGGGCAGUUUUGACUGUCCAUCUCUCCUCGAACUUUCAGACCUUUUGCCUGUGCCAGAAAUGUUAAUUGUUUCUUAACCUAGGCACAGUCUGAAAUUUGGACAGAGGUAAACAGUUGAUUAAUCGUUUGCAAUUCAGAUUAUUCUGUCAAAUGCAAUGCUUAUUUAUUCACAUUGUUUUGAAUUAAUCAUGUGUUAUCUGGUGGCUUUCAGUGAUGUGAUUAUUUAUGUUUGGAAUGACAUUGUUGGGUCAGUGUGAAAGAUGAGAUCUGGUCAGUUUGGACAUAAAACAAGGUAGAAUAUUUGGGUUGGGUAUGGCUGGUUUAAAUGCUAAAGGGUUAAAUCAACCUCAGUGCUUGACCACUAUUUUUUUUUUCAUGCCAUUGGGGCAGUUUAAUCAGAUUUCUGGCCUUGGGCCUAGAGUGGUGAAUUAGUAGAGGACUGUGGCCAUGCUGGGGCACUUGCUACCUUCAAGAGCUUUGUCAAAGAAACUGACCACUGCUGUUUUUUUUUUCUUUCUAAGUCUGGUACUUAUGCUAUCACUCUUACGUCUAACUGCAAAGUUACAAGGAUGUGAACAAACCAACAUCAGUUGUCAAGUGGUGGGUGGAACAAACACAUAUACACACGUAUUGUACUUAUAGAUACAGCGGGCUUCCAGGCAGUUUCCAUCUGCCAAAUUCACUCACAAGGCAUUGGGUGAUCUGAGACUAGAGAAGACACUUGUCCAAGAUGCCACAUAGUGGGAAUGAACCCCAAACUACGCAGCUGUGGUUACAAAGUGAGCUUCUUAACCACACGACCACGCUUAUAGUUCUUUUGUCCCACUUAAAUAACGAGGGGAAUGUAAUUAAUUGCUCACCCUCUCUUUCUCUUCCCAACUCCCAAAACUGGUGACUGUCAUUGGAUGGUAAUAUGGUGGACGAAAUAUCAAGCAGUUAUGUUCCUUUACAUUGCAAGUUUUAUCUUGGGGUUGAAGAAAUAUAUGUACCAGUCAUGUACUUGGGAGUUGAUAUAAUUAAUCAAUGGAACCCGUCCCUAACCAAAAUUGUAUGUAGCCCUUUGUAUGUGCCUAUGUUCAACAACUGCAGCCAAACAGUGUUGUGCAAGGGUGUAGUUAUUACUAUUAUGU